AUGGUCUGUGUCACAGCCCUGAUCAUUUUUCUGACUUGUAUGGUCCUGACAGAGGCUCAACAUGAACCGGGGUACUGCGCUUUCUAUGAGGAGUGUGGUCGUAACCCCUCGCUAGGAGGGACCCUCAUUCCUCCUAUUGUCCCUUGUCUUAAUUACAGCCGUGCUCGACCUGUCACAGGAGAACACUACAAGAGACUCCUAGAGGUGUGUCCCGUUCUGGAUCGUGGAGAAAACAACACGUAUGCCUGCUGCUCCAUCGACCAGCUGUCAUCCCUGGAAAAGAGUCUGACCCUGUCCAAGGCCGUACUGGUCCGCUGCCCUUCCUGCGUUGAGAACUUUGCCCACCUGCACUGCAUGACAACCUGCAGCCCCAGUCAGAGCCAGAGGGUAAAAGUCACAAAGGUCAUGAAUGUCACUAUCAACGGCAUGGAAAAGGAAGCCGUGGUGGGCUACCAGGCAUUUCUCAGCACCACCUUUGCAGAUGCCGCCUUCCAGUCAUGUAAAAAUGUCCGGAUUCCUGCCACAGGAGGCUUCGCCAUUGCUACCAUGUGUGGUCGCUAUGGGGCCAAGCUGUGCACCCCACAGCGCUGGUAUGACUUCCAGGGAGACUCUAGUAACGGACUGGCUCCACUGGACAUCGACUUCAAGCUGAUAAAAGAGGGGGUCACUGUAGGACUACCAGAGGGUGUGAUUCCCUACAAUGGAAAUGCCCUAAAGUGCAACGAGACCACACCAUCAGGAGGUCAGGUCUGCUCCUGCCAGGACUGCCAGGAGUCGUGCCCAAGCAUCCCCCCUCCUCCACCACCCGAAGGCCCCUUCACACUGUUCGGGAUAGAUGGUUACCUUGUGAUUUCUAUUAUCUUUUUCUGUAUCCUGAUAUGUGCCUUCCUGCUCUGCCUCACUGCCUCCAGCUGCCAGAAUUUUAUAAAAAGAAUGCAUAAAGAGAGAAGAAAGACAAAAGGGAAAGGCAAAGACCAGAAGAGUAAUGAUGUGCCCCAGCGGGUCAUUGAUCCAUCAGAGGUGACGUGCGCUGACAGGAACAGUCUGAGAGCUCAAGCUUUUCUGAGCUUACAAUUUCAGCACUGGGGAACCCUAAUGGCCACAUAUCCUCUCACAGUACUCCUGGUGUCAGCUGUAGUCGUGGCUGUUUUCUCUGCUGGCCUCAAGUCCAUUGAGCUCACCACUGACCCAGUCGAGCUGUGGUCUGCUCCUGACAGCCGCGCCCGCAAGGAGAAAGAUUUCCACGACCUACACUUUGACCCCUUCUUCAGGACAAACCAGUUGAUCUUGACAGCACCAGGAAGAAAAGGCCACUUUUAUGACUCUUUGUUGUUUGGGCCACAGAACUUUAGCGGGCUUGUAUCCAAAGAGCUCAUCAUUGAGCUGCUGGAACUCCAGAAAAAAAUACAGAACAUCGAGUUCUGGUCAGAGGAUCUGAACCGCACAGCUAGUCUCAAGGAUGUGUGUUUCGCACCGCUGAAUCCAACCACCCCCUCCCUGAAAGACUGUGCGGUCAACAGCUUGCCGCAGUACUUCCAGAACAGUUUAGACAAUAUAAACGCUAAGGUGAACAUGACAGAGCUGGGAGUGACCAAAGAAGUGGACUGGAGAGAUCACUUAAUUUACUGCCUCAACUCUCCUCUGUCCUUCAAAGACAUCACUGAUUUAGGUCUGAGCUGCAUGGCUGACUAUGGAGCUCCAGUGUUCCCGUUUCUGGCUGUGGGAGGCUAUGAGAAUGACGACUACACUAAUGCUCAAGCUUUCAUUCUGACCUUCUCACUCAACAAUUAUGCCCGCAACAACUCCAAGUUUAAAGUGGCUAUGCAGUGGGAGGAGGAGUUCCUUAAAAUUGUACAGGACUACCAGAAAAACCCUGCCAACAACUUCACCUUUGCAUACAUGGCAGAGAGGUCUCUGGAGGAUGAGAUUAAUCGGACAACAGCAGAGGACAUCCCCAUCUUCAUGAUCAGCUAUGCUGUAAUCUUUGUUUACAUCGCUGUGGCACUGGGGGAGUACUCCUCUUGGAAACGAAUACUGGUGGACUCUAAGUUUCUAGUGGGUCUGGGUGGGAUCCUUGUGGUCGCCUGUUCUGUACUGGCCUCCAUGGGCUUCUACUCCUGGAUAGGACUCCCCUCCUCGCUGGUUAUUCUGCAGGUCGUGCCCUUCCUGGUGCUCGCUGUAGGAGCUGACAACAUCUUCAUUUUUGUUCUGGAGUACCAGAGAGAUGUAAGGAGGCCUGAAGAGAAGAGAGAGGAGCAGAUUGGUCGUGUCCUUGGAAAUGUAGCUCCCAGCAUGCUCCUGUGCAGUCUUUCAGAGUCUGUCUGCUUCUUUCUAGGGGCCCUGUCCACCAUGCCAGCAGUGAAAUCCUUUGCUCUGUAUGCGGCUCUGGCUGUGCUUAUGGACUUUGUUCUGCAGAUGACAGCUUUUGUGGCGCUGCUGUCCCUGGACGCCCGGCGCCAAGAUAACAACCGCUGUGAACUGCUCUGCUGUGUUACAGUGUCAACCCAGCGUCCCAACAAGCCCAGUGAGGGCUUUCUGCUGCCCUUCAUGAGGAAAUACUAUGCCCCUGUCCUACUGCACCGUUACACCAGGAUCAUAGUGAUGCUGGUUUUCAUUUUCAUGCUAUGUGGUUCCUUAUUCCUCAUGUUUCAUGUGACAGUGGGUCUGGAUCAGGAGCUGGCUAUGCCAAAGGGCUCUUAUAUGUUGGACUAUUUCCAGUACCUGAACAAAUACUUUGAAGUUGGAGUCCCAGUUUAUUUUGUAACAAAAAAGGGUUUUAAUUUCACCAGUCUUAAGGGAAUGAAUGCAGUCUGCUCCAGUGCGGGCUGUGAUCAGUUCUCACUGACCCAGAAGAUCCAGUACGCCACAGACUACCCAGAUCGAUCCUACUUGGGUAUUCCUGCUAACUCUUGGGUGGAUGAUUUCAUUGACUGGCUGAACCCUGGAUCCAAAUGUUGUCGUCUAUACACCAAUGGUCCAAAUAUUGGAAAGUUCUGUCCUGCAAAUGAAGUUCUUUUCAAAUGUGGACGCAAGUGUAUGGCACGACCUUCAGAUGGUGUUCUCAGGCCCACUGUGGAACAAUUCAACCGCUAUCUCCCUGACUUCCUCGGUAAUAGGCCUGACCUGCAGUGCCCCAAAGGUGGUCUAGGAGCUUAUGACACAGCUGUGAAACAAGAUGCCAGUGGAGAAAUUAUAGCUUCUCGGUUCAUGGCUUACCACACGCCUCUGACCAACUCUCAGGAGUUCACAGCUGCACUGUUGAUGGCGAGAGAGCUAGCGCACAACAUCACUAUGGGCAUGAGGAAUAUACCAGGGACCUCACGUGACUUUGAAGUAUUUCCUUACACGCUGACUUAUGUAUAUUAUGAGCAGUAUCUGACCAUUGUGCCAGAGGGACUCUUCAACAUCUCCCUGUGUCUGCUGCCGACUUUUGUGGUGUGCUGUCUGCUGCUGGGUUUGGACCUGCGGUCUGGCCUGCUCAACCUGAUCACCAUAAUCAUGAUCGUCGUAGAUACCGUUGGUGUCAUGACGCUGUGGGACAUUGAUUACAAUGCGGUGUCCCUCAUCAAUCUUGUUACAGCAGUGGGCAUAUCUGUGGAGUUCGUGUCACAUAUGACAAGAUCCUUCGCACUCAGCACCAAGCUCACACAUGUGGAGAGAGCUAUGGAGGCUACAGCCAAAAUGGGCAGUGCAGUAUUUGCUGGAGUUGCUAUGACCAACCUACCAGGCAUCCUUGUGCUGGCGCUUGCCAAAGCACAGCUCAUCCAGAUCUUCUUCUUUAGGCUAAACCUGGUCAUCACACUUCUGGGGAUGGCUCAUGGGCUCAUAUUCCUCCCUGUUCUGCUCAGCUACUUUGGUCCUGGUGUGAACAAGGCAGUGCUGCUGCAGCUCCAGCAGGUCAAACCAAAGGCCAACCAAGACCUGGAGAUGAGGUACAACAUGAAACAAGGCACUGAUAACAUUAGCUAUGAAGACAAUGAGAUGAAACAGUACAACACGAGGCCUCCCACAGAUGCCAGCAGCCAAAAAAAAUCAUGUAUAGAAAACCACAAGGAGAAGGAAAGUAACCAUUUCUGAGUACCAACAAUAAAAACUGUUUAUGAAUGUUCUGCUGAGUAAAUACCUCUGUAACAAACUGAAAAAGGAAGGACUCUAAAAAGGACAGAGAUAGAAAAGUGUAAGUUAUUUGGCUUCAUAUGGAAAAUCAUUAACUUAACAAUGUAACUCAAUCGAAAAGGACCAGUGGGGCCGAAGACAAAAACAGCUGUGCAAUAUUUCUGAGCAAAGCAUGAGCGGACCACGGCAGUGAAAGUGAACCUUCUUGUUUCAGCAUAUGAAAAACUGCAUGUCUCUUCACAAGCACUGCAGCUGUGUAAGAUUUGUGUUUCAAUUGUGGAAUUACAGUUUUUACAGAGCAUUUCUUGAAACAGUUUGUACAAACAGCACCACACAGUGGAUUAACUGCAAAAGCACAUCACUUGCUCAAAAUCUUUAGUUUAUCUCUCAAAAGCGAAUACCUAUGUCAAUGAACAUGUUAGUGCAUCAGAAUGACAAGGUCUUGUGUCAUUGUUUACGAACAUGGCAGUCAGGAUGCUUAGUCAUGGUGUCAAUACAAUAGUGUACACUGUAAGAAUUUUCAUAUGUAAACUGUGGCUCAGGUUUUAGUGACAAUGAUUGAAAAUACACAAGACAGCACUUGUUUUUGUUCACAUUACUGUAUGUGAGACACUGAAUUCAAAAGAUUG